CCGUCCUCCUCCCGCCGGGAGAAGAUGGCGGCGGCGGGCGGGCCAGGCGGGCGGGACGCGGGGUCGUCGGUUCCGACGCUACGACGAGGCCGGGGUCGUCGUCGUCGGGUCGAGGCCUGCCCCGCGGACGCCGACGGAGCCCCGGAGACCCCGGCGCGGCGUUGGGGCCAGUGGGAAGGCCCCGCCGGAGACCCGGGCCCGCCGCGAGAUUUUAUCUUCAGAACGCCCGUCACCUUGGCCAAGCAUGGAGACGUUCAGGAGGAAUAUAAAAGCCACCUGCGAAAGCUGAGACAUGAAAAAUGGGCAGAAGACAAAAAGCCGGAGGAUUUGAUUCACAAGCUGAUGGCGGACGAUGCCGAAGUGGACAGGAGAAGAAUGGACGAUCAGAAGAAAGAGGAAUCCCUGAUGGGCAGAGUCAGCCACGAACGUUUUCCCGAGUGCCUGUCGGAUUCGGAGAACGAGGAGCCCUCCCAGGGCCGACCCGCGUAUCGGUCGGCUUUCGUCUCCAAGGGCAACGCCUACCCCAUCACCUCGCUGGCCGGAAAUUUUAGCUCCAAAGUCAAAAGGAGUCAAAGUUGCAACGAUACGCUGGGCAAUCGAUCGAAAAGCAGGCAGAGAUCGGCGCCCGUCAGAACAAAGGUCAACCCUUCCGCUGGUGCUUCGGUUUCCCUGCUGGGCGUCCUCUCCUCCACCCAGAACAACCGCUGCCUCUCUGCUCCGGAUCUGACUGCCGAGAAGCGCCUGGUGCUUCCCCCCCAGGCGCCCUCUUCCUUCCCCGUCCUGCCCAGGCAGGAGCGCUCCAUCAGCCCCGAGAGCAACGACAGCAUCUCGGAGGAGCUGAACCACUUCAAGCCCAUCGUCUGCUCGCCUUGCACGCCGCCCAAGCAGCUGCCCGACGGGCGCGUGCUGAGCCCUCUCAUCAUCAAGUCCACCCCCAGGAACUUGACCAGGAGUCUGCAGAAGCCCACCACGUACGAAGCCAGCCCGUGGAUCCUGAAGAAGUGGGAGCGGAUCCUCCAGGAUCGUCAGGUCAAGAAGACCCUCUGCAAGGCCACCUUGACCUCCUCGGCUCCCGAGCCGGGCGAACCUCCCAAUCUCCCCCUCCCGGUCAAGUGUCCUUUGCCGAUGUCCAGCUUGGUCUCGUUGCCGGACUCUCUCCCUCUCCUCUCUGUAGCCAAGUGCGACCGUUCCGCCAACGGUCGGAGAGACUCGGAGGCGACGGAGCUGACUCCCCACGUCCUCCCGCCGAGAGCCGCCGAGAAGCCUCCCAAUUCCGGGAUUUCCGAGCCCCCCAAAGCGAAAACUGCUCCCCGCCUGGCCGGGCCCUGCCUUCACUACGAUGCCAAAACUUCAAUGGCCCGGAAAGUCGUCCGAGUCAACUCGGCCUUGGAGAACGGCUCCCUUCCGGCCGAACGGAAGCCGCGCCGCUACUGGGACGAGAGCGAACUGCGCCGUCUCUCCAACGGCCUCCGUCUUGAGAGGGGGCUGGGCGAGGAGACCCCCUCCCUGCGGCGCGGGCAGAAGCGGCCGUGCAAAACCAAGCACCUGGACCCUUCAGUCAAGCGGCUGAGGCCGUCGGCCGCCUGUCGCAAAGGCCCUCCGGUCUCCGACUCGCGGCGACAGAAGAGGCAACGGCCGCCGAGCAGGACGGAGCAGAGACUGCAACAGGAGGAGGCCGACCGGCGGCUGGCCGUGCAGCUCCAGCGGCAGUUUGAGAGGGAAAGCCGGACACUGGAGCGGCCGAAGGGGCGAGCCGAACAGUAUUUCUUACGCUCCAAGAACGUCACCGGAGCAAAGUAGCCCUUCGUCAGCUACGCGACUUUUCCGAGAGUCCUGGGUAGACAUCAGUUGGUUCAGGCUGACGGAGUCUGCCGGUUCAGCCCUUCGCCAGCUACGCGACUUUUCCGAGAGUCCCGGGUAGACGUCGGCCGGUUCAGGCCGGCGGAGUCGGCCGGUUCAGCCCUUCGCCAGCUACGCGACUUUUCCGAGAGUCCCAGGUAGACGUCGGCCGGUUCAGGAGUUCUCUCCGGUCGGUGCGGGAGACAGACGGAGGCCACGAUCCGGAGCCUUCCUCCCCCGAGAUGACUCCGAGAUUAUAAAUCUCACUCGCAGCGAAGGCCGUUUCGGAUCUCGGAUGGCCGGUCCGGCUCGUCCUGCCUCGAGAUCCGAGUCAGUUACGGUAACGGGCGAACCGACGCUGCGAGCGGCGUUUGUCGUUUCAGGAGCAGCCCCGCUAGAAGGCUUGAAGGCCUGGUGGCAGAAGUGGUGGAUUUGCCCCCCCCCAAAUUUAUUUAAAUCUAUAAUACAGGUAGUCCUCGACUUAUAACCGUUCGUUUAGUGACUGCUCAAAGUUACAACCUUAUGGAAAAAAGCGAGCUGCCGCCAUUUUCGCCACAAUCGUUGCGGCCUCCCCAACGCUUGGGAGCUGACUCGCAUUUACGACGGUCGCAGUGUCCCAGGGUUACGCGAUCCCUUUUUAUGUCCUUCUGACCUGCAAAGUCAAUGGGGGAUUCCCUUAACCGUGUCACUAACUGAACAACUGCGGUGAAGGUGGUAAAGUAGGUCAAAAUUCGCGGCAGGACUGUCUCACUUAGCAACAGAAAUUUUGGACGCCGUUGCCGUCGUAAGUCGAGAACUAUAUGACGAACUCAUCGGAGGAAAGAAAGGGCACUUGCUUGCUUUGAGUCCAAGCUAAGCAUCAGGGGCCAGAGAGAAUUUUUGGCUGCCUGGGGGGGUAUUUCCCCCCCGCCCCCCCUUGGCUCUCCAGCCCCAUCAGUUCUUGGUGUGGGGUUGUGUUGCAGCAGUGUCCAAACGCACACCCUGCUCUGGGGCAGGCAGAGCGCAAAACGCAGGGCGCCCGUCGCUCUUUCUGACCAAUAUCUACGAUGGGGCCUCUCCACAGCCAGGUGAAACAUCUGGAUUCGAAGCCGCCAGGCUAGGAUUCCCAUCUCGGUUUAUUUUACUUUUUGUGGGUAGCCCAGAUUUACACACAAAACGUCUGGCGCAAGAAUGAGAUGGUUGCAGAGUCCUCCGAAAUGACUUUUGGUAUUCGGGGGUGGGGUGUGUGUGUGUGUGUGUGUGUGUGUGUGUUCGUUUCGACAGAAUUGUGUUCCUCCCCGAUGCUGGUUUGCAGGAUCUUGAGAAAUGCUGGUUUUCUGGCGUCGGGAGAACCCGGUUCCGUUUUGUGGCUUGACCCAAACCCAAGACUUCUUUAAAAAAAAAAAAAGAAAGAAAGAAAGAAAGAAAGAAAGAAAGAAAGAAAGAAAGAAAGAAAGAAAGAAAGAAAGAAAGAAAGAAAGUCUGCAGGAGUUUUGAGUGGCAGGUUCGAUUCCCGCUCGCUCUUGUUAAAAAAAGGGGGGGGCUGUGGGGGGCAGUUUUUCUCCCCCCCCCAGCACUUCCAAGGCCGCAGCUUUGGCUGACCCACGUGGUGGUUUGAAGCUCUUGGUGGCUAAACUUAAGUUUAAAGUUUAGAAUUUAAAUUAAUCCUGGGAAAGUAGACACACACACACACACACACACACACACACACACACACACACACACCAAAAAAAAAAAAAAAAGCUUUUUCCUCAAUCACGCAAUCCCCCUCCCCCCCCGUCCGUCUGGUGCAGCAUUUCUCCGCUUUGAGAAUUUUAAAAUCCAGACGUGUGGACUUCAACUCCCAGAAUUCCCCAGCCGGCCUGAAUUCUGGGAGUUGGAAGUCUACCCAAGCUGGGGCAGGUAUUUGGGAGUUGGGUGGCGUUUCACCCUCCUAGCUGGGGGCAUGCUGGGGGUUAAAGUUCACUCCUGCUGGGGCAUGCUGGGAGUUGAAGUCCACAACUUAAAUGGGCCAAGGGUCUUGACACCCAGAGUUCCCCAGCCAGCAUGGCUGGACUUCAGCUUCCAGAAUGCCCAGCCAGCAAGCAGGCAGGCAGGGGGAUUCUGGGAGUAGAAGUCCAGAUUUUUUUUUUUUUUUAAAGUCCCUGAGCUGGGAAAGGCAACUUUAGAGACUGACUUUGCUCUUCCGUUGCGAAGCCCCCCCCCCCCAUUCAAGAUCCUCCUUCCCAGUAAUAAACUGCCUUUCGUUGCGUCCGUU